AUGGAAACCGAUGAAGAUGAUGAAGUGGAAGUAGAAUGGGAUGAAGUUGAGGAGAGUGAAGCUGAAAAACUUGGAGACUACAACACAAAAGGAUUUGAAGCAUCUUUUUCCAGAAUUGGCAGACCCAAUAUCAAACCCAAGGGGAGGAGAGGGCGCAAAUCGAACAAACUCAAACUAGAAAUGGCAGAUAUGGCCACAUGCCAAACCAAGCUUACAACAAGGAAGGGUGCAUCCCUUCCCCAGGGUAAGAAAAACUGUAAAUACAGUGAACAGCCUGGAAUCGACCGUCUGCAACGAGGAAACGUGUUUCAGCCGUUGAAAUGUGAAACGGCUCCAACUAAGCAUGAAACAAUUUGCACAAAAUUUUGUCCCUCCAAUAAUGUGAUUUUUAGCAGUCGUGAAUCCAACAUGAAGAAUGCUCACACAAUUCUGUUAAUUGAUGUUGAAUCCUUCCGCCCCAUGGCAGAAUUGGGAUGUCAGAUAGGAUUUGGAGGCUCAGAAUUAUCACCUGCCACUAAGUUGGAGUGGAUAGGUUCACACAAUUUACUGAUGUCUUGUAGUGUUAGUGGUGGCCCAUUCGGUUACAGGUCAGAUGUGAAGUUCUGGGACAUCAAAUCACAGAAAAUUGUCUGGGAGUGCCAAGACUCUCUUUCCGAUUGUUUUGCUGAUGUGACAGUUAAUGAGCAAUUUGGCAGCAUAUUUAAAUUAGGUGUGAGGAAUGGGGGCCUUUUUAUGGUGGAUUUGAGGCAUCUCAACAACAGUAAUUCAUGGGUGGCAUUGGGGGAUACAAUUCUAGGUGUUGGAGGGGCACAAAAUAGGAUUUUGGAGUAUGGAAAGCAGGUUUUUAUUAGCAGGGGAGGGGAUAUAGAGGCAUGGUGUGAAGUGGAUCUGAGGGAGAAGUCAAAGAUUCUAAGGAAAAAUAUCAUGGAUAAUAAGCAAGGCAGCGAGAGGAUAACAAGAAUGACCGCAGGAGGGAACAAACUAUUUGUUGCUAGGAAGGGUUUGCAAGGUGUUGAAGUGUGGGAUAGUUUGAGAUCAAAGGCUGGAAGUAACAAUCUUGUUUGAGAACAGUUUCAGUGUUGGAUAAGGGAAGGUUUUUCUGUGUUGUAUCAUAUAAAGAUAGUUCACUGUGCUUCCACAAACGUGGCUUAGAAUGUUCAGAGACUUGGUUGGAAUAUGUUCCUCUAAUUUAAUAGGGAGGAGGGCGUUGCAGGUCAAGUCUCAAAUUGAAGAAUUCAAUUUUAGUCUUUAUUUUGUAAUGUAAUAUAUAUGUUUCUUUUGAUUUGUAAGUUGUUUGUGGUAUAAUUUUGCAAGCCAUUACAGUUUUAGUGUACCCAACUGAACAAAUUUCAUUCUCCAAUUCUGUAAUGUAAUAU